CUACCACUCCUCCCCCCAAAUCCCAAUCCAUCCCUCUUUGUCUUCAAUUCUCUAUCUCUCUCUAAAUAUUCAUUUAAACAAAAACAUAAAUAACCAAUUAAUAUUAAUUAAUUAUUAGCUAGAAAUUAAUAAGAUGGGGCAGGCGUUGCUUAAUGUGGUGUGGUUGAGUUUAGUAUCAAUAACAUUAUCCUCCGUCUAUGGAAGAAUCCCAGGUACUUAUCAAGGUGGCCCUUGGCAGUCUGCUCAUGCUACUUUCUAUGGCAAUGAAGAUGCUUCUGGAACCAUGGGAGGAGCAUGUGGGUAUGGAAACUUGUACAGCGCUGGGUACGGAACAAGCACAGCAGCGUUAAGCACACAAUUGUUUAACAAGGGUUUAACAUGUGGUGCCUGUUUUGAGUUAAAAUGUGAUAAGGACCCGGAGUGGUGCAAUCCGGGUAACCCAUCCAUCAUUAUUACUGCUACCAAUUUUUGCCCUCCUAAUUAUGCUCUUCCCAAUGAUAAUGGCGGCUGGUGCAAUCCUCCCCGCGAACAUUUCGACCUCUCCAUGCCUAUCUUCUCCAAACUUGCUCAGUUUCGGGCUGGAAUCAUUCCUGUCAAUUACCGCCGGGUGCCAUGCAGAAAGACCGGAGGAAUUAGAUUUACAAUGAACGGGUCACGCUACUUUAACUUGGUAUUAAUCACCAAUGUGGCUGGAGCCGGAGACAUUAUACGCGUAAGAGUUAAAGGCACAAACACAGACUGGCUAAGUAUGAGUCGUAAUUGGGGCCAAAAUUGGCAAUCAAAUGUGGUUUUGGUCGGGCAAGCCCUCUCCUUUCGAGUUACCACAAGUGAUCAUCGCACCUCCACAACAUUGAACGUGGCUCCCUCUAGUUGGCAAUUUGGUCAAACUUACGUUGGCAAGAACUUCAAAGUACGCUAAUAAAUUAUAAACACGAAGAAAUACAUAAUUUCUUAUUUUUAUAAGCAUAAUGCAAUUUGAUCUAAUUUUAUUUAUCUUUUAGCUUCUCUAAUUUUCUCUCAUAUUUUUAUGAGAAAAUUAGAAUGUCAAGCUAAAAUAGGUCAUUUCUAUAAUUAGUAUGUUCUGAAUCACUUAUCUUGAGUGAUGAGCAUCUAUGAUUUGUUUGUGAAAGUGGUUACUAAAUUUGGAUGUUUUAUAGUGGCUGAAGUGGUUACAAAUGACAAAUUUAAGAUGUAACCCGCAGUUCACUAUUUUUACUCAAUAUAUAAUCAUAUAAAAAAUGUGUUUACGUGGA